GGUCAACGGUUGGGGCUGGGUCAAUUGUUUCGAGGGACGUUGCUCCCUACAGCAUCUACAUUGGACGGAAAGCAAGCAUGCACCGAGGCAUUCCAACUUGAUGUUGUUACUGUCUGGUGUCACACCGCGAUCGCCAUCACCAGACCUCAAUCUACAUCUGUACUGGUCUUUGCAACGACCGGAUGAAACCCAUUUCUGUAUAUUCUCGCAUAUGUUUCCCGUUAUCUCUAUUUUCAGUAUCUCCUUACUCCUCUCUAUUUCCUCUAAUUACUUAUUUGUCACAUUUGUCUGUGUGGGGCGAAUGGAUCGAUCGGUGGGAGGGUGGCUCGAAACAAAACACGGAUCUGGUUCAGGAAGAAUGAAUGAAUGGGACAGGAAAAGGCAAGAUGGAAGAGAAAGACACGCCGCUACGAUUAAAUUGCCAGGUUGUCGUUCGAGAAUCGAAGAAGCGUCGUCAUCGCCAGCUUUCACCACGAUCAUUUACAUCAUGUCACAUGCCUACGAAGAAAAUCUCCCAGCGAGCGAGCGAUCUUGGAUAGGGCAAUACGGUUGUCUACGAAGGAGGGGAGGUGGCUUUUAUCAUGCGGUUUCGGCUAUCUGCGACUUUAAUAGCACUAUAUACCCCUUUGCUUCUUAUUGGGAUAGGGUGGUUGGAAGGUUGGAUUAGAAAGCGUAAAAGGAGGCAGUAAGGAACGAAGGCUGAUAUAACUCUGGCAGUUAUCGGCAGUAGUUAGGCUGGGUAGUGAGUGCGUACGGGUAGUUGGUUAGCUAGUAACUAAGUUGAUACCAGUGGGUGUGUCUCUUCGGACGUUG